CAAACAGAUUCUAUCCGGUUUGAAGGUGCUAACGACAAAUAUCAUUCGAGCGACGUCACUCAUGCUUAUUCCACGUCGCCAUGUACAACACCAAAACCUACGGAACCUGAGCGUUGCAAAGACGACAUCUGUGCAAGACUGAGUGCGGACAUUUUAGUUAAGAUGAAUGUCACUGCAGAUCCAUGCCAGGACUUUUAUGAAUACGCCUGUGGCGGGUUUGAACGGUCAACACAACUGUCUUGGAACACUCCUCGCAAAAGAACAAAUCCAGACAUUGUUUUGGAGAAUUAUCAAGAUGCUAUAUCAGAUAGACUGUCCGAAGAUGUGAAACCAACGGAUGGACGAGAAGUGAAGGCAAUCAAACGAGUAUUCCAGUCAUGUUUGGGUUUCCAAAGAAACACCCACAGAGAAAUUUUGGGCGUCAUAGAAGACCUCGGAGGAUUUCAGUUUGGUGAAUCAAAGAAAUCAAAAGACAUUGACCUUACACAGCUGUUAACAUUGACCGUGUUAAAGUUUGGGGUUAAUGCUUUGUUUGACACACACGUUCUCACAUCUGGGAAAGUCGGGUUGACAAACCAGUUUUCCGAUUCCUUGCUAGUCGACCAAAUGCAAUCUGGAUUUGAGCCUCACCGGUACAGGUUUCUACGUCCUAGCGACUAUAUCUUCAGGGAUGAGAAGAAAGACGCGAUGAUGCUCGCUUAUAAACGCUUCAUUGGUGAGGUCGUGGCUCAUAUAUUAGGGAUCGAUGAGCGAGGAGAGACUGACCAGACAUUUGAAGAGAUGAUCGAUGAUUUAUAUCAUAUAAAUGUUUAUAUAAACAGGCUCGCAGGAUUGUUCAACGAUAGCAAUGAUAAUUUGGAUCUCAAAUACAAAAUUGCCCGUAACUGGACACGAUGGAUCAAUGAAGAUUGCAAAUUUGGUGAUGAUUAUUUUGAAAAUAUGUCAGAGAUGAUUCAAGGCAUAGCAAUGGAAUCUGUGAGGGGUGAAAGAAGGCGUUUCCCAACCACAGAGGGGUCGUCCAUAUUCUUCCUGAGAAAUAAAGUGCUAGUAGAGAUGCCAACAUCAGUUUACUUUUUACCGCUGGUGUACGCUAGCUCGUCUGCUGACGUUUGGUUCGGCGCAGUGGGGACCCAAAUAGCACAGACAAUCUCGCAACUGUUAGACAUUGAUGCUUUGCUUCGGUUUUUGAGCGAAGAUAAAAUUGAUCACAGGGUAGCAUUGACGAUUGCCUUUCGGUUACAAUGUUUGCUGGACGAAUACAACAAGUAUACAGUUCUUCAAGAGGACAAUAACAUGUAUCGGCUGAAAGGCGAUUUGACAAAAAAUGCCAACUUUAAAGACAGUCUUGCUUUGCGAACUGGAUACAAGGCUUUCAUGAAGAACAAGAAGGGGCGUAUCAAUAUUUCUGGUCUAAAGUUAUCCGAAGAGCAAACAUUCUUUUUGGUCUAUGCACAGAGUAUGUGUGAGAAGACAAACACAAGGGGAGCUAAGCAAUUCUAUAUAAAUACAGAAACCAGUCAUCACUCGCCUGGACGAUACAGAGUUCUUGGGACGUUGUCACAUUUCAAGAAAUUCGCCGACGCAUUUCAUUGUUCUGCAAAUACCGAAAUGAAUCCUGCAAACAAAUGCUCUUUAUUUUAGUUAUUCUUAGACAGGAAUCUAGUGUAUUUG